GAUCGCGAUGGUCAAGCAAGAAGGGUGUCCGGGGUCGCAGACCUUGGACGAUAUGGUAAUGGGGACAAACAACAGCAGCAUUGCCUCCAAACGCAGUGUUGAGCGUCUGUAUCAUUCGAAGGAAACCCCUUUCUUCCGUUAUUUUGUCCCGAAGUUCCAAAGGAGGGCGCCUCUCAUUAACAGAGGCUAUUGGCUCCGCCUGCGGGCAAUUGAUGUCAUAGUACAGCGCUUCCUUUCUAAAGAGACAGCAGGGAAAAAGCUUGUCAUCAAUCUUGACCUCAUUCACAAGAAACGGGCCGUUGUUCUGCAGACUCCAGAGCUACGGGAGCUUCUUGGAGAUGACUAUACCCUGAGUGACGAGGGUAAAGAUGGCCUGCUCUUACGCAGCACCAAGUAUUGCCAGCUUGGCUGUGACCUUCGGCAACUCGACAGACUACGCACGUUAUUGGGAUCAAUCGUCAGCUUACCUGAGUGUGCCAUUCUGUUCGUGGCUGAAGUUUCAAUAACUUAUAUGGACACUCACUCUGCCGACGCUCUCAUCGAAUGGGGAAGCACUGUUGGCCGAGAAAACAACUUUUGUCUCUUGGAACAAAUACUUCCGUAUGGGAAUGGCCAUCCCUUUGCUCAGCAGAUGCUCAGCCAUUUCGCCAAGCUCAACACUCCUCUACGCUCCGUUGAGACGUAUCCAACGAUUGAGAGUCAAGUCAAUCGGUUCCAAGAGCGCGGGUGGCCUCAUGUCGACAUAAAGGACCUGUGGCAAACGUGGUCGAGUGAAGAGUUUGUGAGCGACUUCGAGCGGGUAGCUCUUGACGACGUCGAGCCCUUCGACGAGUGGGAAGAGUUCAUACUUUUUGCACGCCACUAUUUCAUCCUUCAUGCAGCUACCGACUCGAGUUACGGCUCGUUCCUACAGACAGCUGAACCAAUCACCGGCCAACCGCCGAAGAAGUUCGUAGGCCUGCGCGCCGAACUGAGUGGCAAUAUCGCAAAGGAAACCAGCCGCCGCCGAUUCGGCAGUGGCAUGAUCCUUAGCAAUGAGUUUGGGCAACGAUUCGCACUCAAUCUAUUGGGAAUGAGUGGUAAUAGCAGAGAGCCGACGUAUGAUAUCUUCUCGCUUGCCAGUAACGGCCAAACACCGCCUCAACUGCCGUCGGCUGGACCAUCUGCUCGGAUGUGUUUCACGUUGACAGACCUGGGAGAAUAUGGGGUCAUGCUAGUAGGUGGCCGUACGUCUCCCUCCAACGUCCUGUCGGACUGUUGGCUCUUCGAAAGAGGUGCCAAUCCACGAUGGCGCAUGGUGCCGAAACUGCCCGUUCCUUUAUUCCGGCACUCUGCUCUUCGUCUGGGGAAUUCAUCCCUUCUCGUCGUAUUUGGUGGGAAGAAAAGCUCGUCGCAGCUCUCGGAUGAUGUCUUUCUUUUCAAUCCACAAAGGGCUUGCUGGCAAAUAUGCCAGGUGACGGGGCCUGCCCCCGAAAGCUGCUUUGGAUCCUUUGUUUGCAACUCGAUCCCUGCGUCAAGCAUUACAGGUGACUAUUGUGGCAUCUUAGCAGGAGGAAUCUCGAAGAACGGCUGUGUUGCUACUAAGCACUAUAUGUGGCGGAUAAAUGUCGACCACGCUCAGCCAACCAUUUCCUAUCGUCCCAUAACCAUCAGUCACUCUGACAGCCGGCUCAUCUCUUCGUUUGGUGCCCAAGUCGUCCACUUGGGAUCCAAUGUGAUGAUUUGUGGCGGCAUGGGGGCUGACUCGUGCUUAAACGGACAAACUCUAACAACAAUAACGCCGUCUGCUGAAGGAUUUGAGGUGAAGGAUUUCUCAACUCCAAGCAAUGGCGAGAGAAUGCCUUUCAUGAUUGGGUCCUCAAUGGCACAAGAUGGCGAUUCUCUCCUGGUGUUCGGUGGAGGAGCAACAUGCUUCUCGAUGGGGACAUUUUGGGAAACAGGCGUUUACAGGAUUCGGUUGCCUGACUCUAUCCUGGACUCUAUUCACUCCAUCUCGCGAAUCAACAGUUCGCCUGGGUCAACCAUAAAUCUCAUUGGAAGCCGAAAAUUCGUGGCGGCCUCGACAACUGCAGACUUGGAUGACUCAGACAACCUGGAUCAAAAGAGUCGGAGGGUAUCCCUGACCCCUGUGCCCACUAUUCAGCUCGAGUCCGCCGAACAAUUUGGUGCAAUUGUUCGUGAAGGAAAGCCUGUCAUCCUUAAGGGCUGCAACAUAGGACAAUGUCAACGCAAAUGGUCUCCUGAAUUCCUGGUGAGCCAAAUUGGCGCGAAUGAAAAGUUUGUAAUACAUGAAUCCUACGAAGACACAGGGGCAUUGGACUUCAACAGCAAAAACUUCAAAUAUGUGACAGACUCCUUUGGCAGCAUCAUGAGCAAACUGCAGUCCGGGUCGCGAGUCUAUUUACGAGCUUUGUCUCGAGACAAACCGACUGAACUACCGGCCAAGCUGGAAGAAGACUUCCCAAGUCUGGCAGAAGAUUUUGCUCUUCCACCCGAAAUGGCUCUUAUCAAAGACAACUUAUUCAGCUCUGUGCUGAGGUUGUCUGGGCGCGUCAAUAUGUGGCUGCACUACGAUGUUAUGGCAAACGUUUACGCGCAGGUGGCUGGGGUUCGGAAAAUGAUACUAUUCCCCCCUAGUGAUGUGAAGCACCUUUCUUUUGCCCCCGGUGCUUCAAGUUCGAGUGUAAACGUCUUCCAGGCGUUGGAAGCAUCUCCAGCUUCGCUCCAUGCGACCCAUCCGCAGGAGGCUGUACUCCAUCCAGGGGACGUCUUGCUACUACCAGCUCUGUGGUUACAUACCGCGGCUCCAAUAAGCGACAUGAGCAUCGCAGUCAACGUUUUCUUUCGCGACCCGGGGCAGAAAGAUCAUUACUCUUCUGGACGAGAUGUCUAUGGUAACAGGGACCUUGAAGUGUACGAGAAAGGGAGGCAGGCCGUUGCUCGGAUUGCGAAAAGCUUGCAGUCGCUACCCCCUGCUGCCAGAGAGUUUUAUCUUUGCCGGCUUCAAGAUGAGUUACGCCUGGCUACUGAGGCCUAGGGAA